UCGGCCACACCAUGGCGGGCUGGCUGUGUUUCUUCCUUCUCGGCGCCUCCCUGGCUGGCCUCCUGCUGCCGGGGGCAAGUGUGUUCCUGCCCCGGGACCAGGCCCACAGCGUCCUGCAGAGAGUCCGCAGGGCCAACUCGUUUUUGGAGGAGGUGAAGAAGGGAAACCUGGAAAGGGAGUGCCUAGAGGAGGCCUGCUCGUAUGAGGAGGCCCGCGAGGUCUUCGAGGACACGGAGAAGACGAAUGAAUUCUGGAAUAUAUACAAAGAUGGUGACCAGUGUGAAAGCCUUCCUUGCCUGAAUCAGGGCACAUGUAAAGACGGCCUCGGGGAAUACACAUGCACCUGUUUGGAAGGAUUUGAAGGCAAAAACUGUGAAUUACCCACGCGUGAGCUCUGCAGCCUGGACAACGGGGGCUGCGACCAGUUCUGCAGGGAGGAGCGGAGCGCGGUGCUGUGCUCGUGCGCCAGCGGGUACGACCUGGGCGACGACGGCAAGUCCUGCAUCUCCGCAGAGCCCUUCCCCUGCGGGAAGCUCACCCGGGGACGCGGCAGGCGGUCGGCCGCCCACGGCAGCGGGGAGGCCCCCGAAGCAGGCGUGCCGGAGCAGGAGCAGUACUACCGCGGAGACCUGGGCCCCACCGAGAGCUCCCUCCACCUGCUGGGCCUCAACGGGACGGAGCCCAGCCCCAAGGAGGACGAGAGCCACCUGGUCCGGAUAGUGGGCGGGAGGGACUGCGAAGACGGGGAGUGCCCCUGGCAGGCUCUGCUCGUCAAUGAGGAGAAUGAGGGCUUCUGCGGGGGCACCAUCCUGAGCGAGUUCUGCGUCCUCACUGCAGCCCACUGUCUCCUGCAGGCCAAGCGGUUCACGGUGAGGGUAGGCGACCGGAACACGGAGAAGGAGGAGGGCAACGAGAUGGCACACGAGGUGGAGGUGACCGUGAAGCACAGCCGGUUCGUCAAGGACACUUACGACUUCGACAUCGCGGUGCUGCGGCUCAAGACGCCCAUCAAGUUCCGCAGGAACGUGGCGCCCGCCUGCCUGCCCGAGAAGGACUGGGCCGAGGCCACGCUGCUGACCCAGAAGACGGGCGUCGUCAGCGGCUUUGGGCGCACGCACGAGCGGGGCCGCCUGUCGUCCACGCUCAAGAUGCUGGAGGUGCCCUACGUGGACAGGAACACCUGUAAGCUGUCCAGCAGCUUCACCAUCACCUCCAACAUGUUCUGCGCCGGCUACGAUGCGCAGCCCGAGGACGCCUGCCAGGGCGACAGCGGCGGCCCCCAUGUCACCCGCUUCAGGGACACAUACUUCAUCACUGGCAUCGUCAGCUGGGGCGAAGGGUGCGCACGGAAGGGCAAGUACGGCGUCUACACCAAGGUCACCAACUUCCUCAAGUGGAUUGACAAGUCCAUGAAAGCCGGGCUGGGGGCGGGGGCCAGGGGGAGCCGCGCCCCCAGUGAAGCCCCCCCCUGUCCCUCGCAGCCCCUGCCUCUCCCUCCUCUCAGCACCGGGGCCCUGAGCCGGCCUCCCUCCCUGCCGUGA